AUGAAGCAAAAUAUCCGAUAUCAAACUCUAACAAAAAGUUGUACUAUUUUCGAGCAAUAUUACCAGCCACAGUACUAUACUGUAAUUGCAAACUUGGAUUGUAAUUUUGAGGAGUUUCUGGGAAAAGCCCUAACAACCAACUUAGUAACUUUCCCAAAUGUCUGGAUCAUAUUGGGAGACAUAAACAUUGCAAAAAAUGAAAAAUACUACAUACCCCUUAACAGCCUCUUCAUUUUUCCUAAAAUUCAGCAAAAUGAAACAGAACUAAUUACGAUUUACAGGAUUAAUAAGAAUUUUACUGAGUUUAAUGAGCAAACUAUAGGAACUUGGUCUGGAAAUUGCCAAUUAUUGGCCAAUUUUAGUAUUUUAAGGACCAGGAUUAAUUUCAAAGGGGCAUUGUUUAGAGCUUCUUAUGUUUUAACGCAUAAUAGUACUAUGAAGCAUUUUACGGAUUAUAGAGAAAAACAUUUAGAUAAUUUCACCAAAAUAAACUACAUCCUGUUUAGUUUCAUAGCCGAUCUACUCAAUGCUACGCACAUAAGGCGUAUUGUUAAUACUUGGGGCUGGGAAAAUGAAAACGACAAAGGAGUUAUAAGAUUUUCACCGGGGAUGUUUCAGGAGCUCGUUUAUGAUUAUGCAGAUGUUUCAGGUACAGUCGCUUUCAGUUCUCCGUUUCGCCUCAGAUAUUUCAAAUUCAUAUUCGCUCCGCUGAAAGAUUUUGCUAUACGUUUCGUGUUCAGAGCGCCCCCUUUGGCUUACUACACCAACCUGUUCGUCUUACCUUUCGAUACCAUGAUUGCUAUCAUGUGUCAGAUGGAAUUUUACCACGAACCAAAAAGCGCUUCGGGAAAAAUUGCUACCUUUGUCACCCUGAUCACAUUCACCUUUAUUUAUACGGCGUUUUCGGCCAGAAUCGUUUUGCUGUUGCAAUCCAAUACAAAUCAAAUCGACGACUUGAAUAGUCUUUACAAUACGAAUUUCGAUUUUGGGGUCGAAGACCAGGUUUACCACAAACAUUAUUUUUCGCACCCGACUGAUCGUACCAUAGAAUACUGGCGCAAACGUGUUAACGAUAACAAAAUCAAAACCGCAACUGGCGGUAAAUUCUACAGUGCAGAAAAAGGCAUUGUGAUGAUGAGAGAUUCGUAUUUCGCUUUUGGCUUGGAGCAAACUGUAGCCAGCUAUCUUAUUGACAAAAGUUUUUCCAGUAACGAAAAAUGCUCUUUACUGUUUGUCGAGAAUAUAUAUAAAGCUUUUGUGCCUUACUUGUUGAUGCCUAAGAAUUCGACUUAUUUGGAAUUUGUGUUGGUCAGCUUUAGAAGAUUAACAGAAACAGGCCUGUUCAAUGGAGAAUACCGGCGAUGUUUCAAUCAGAAGCCGAGAUGCAAAGGCAAAGAGAGCAUCUUUCUUAGUGUGGGCCUAAUCGAAGUUUACUUUCCGUUUGCGGUAUUUGGAUGUGGUAUUUUUAUGAGCCUUGCUUUAAUGUUGUUGGAGAUUUUCGCUCAUAAUUAUCUAAAAGUUCGAUGCUGUCUUUAAACUUAAAUGGUGUACCUACUUUAGAAUUUAGUAGUUAUGUUCAAUAAACGCACUUUUUGUAGUUUGUUGUAGUACUAAUAAUAAAUCUGUUAUUGAGCUGAAG